AAGUCUCGGUGGAACCUCUUUUUUUUCUCCUACCGAUUGAGAGAUUUAUUUUUUUUUUUUGGAUUUUUUUGGGCAUCUGCUUGCCUUUUGCUUUUCUUCUCAAGAUCAACCGCCGAAGAGUUAACGGAGUAAGAGCCAAUAGUCACUCUCACGGCCACGCGCGCCACCGCCGCCGGCAAAUGAUGUCGGCGCUCAGCACCGUCUCCGCCAAUCUCCUCCCCUCACCCGUAAAAUCCUCCACCUCUGAUGCCCAGAAACACCGGACCUUUCCCUUCAAUUCCGCCCAGUCAACCGAUCGGGGUACUUCUUUGACCUCACUCAAGCUACCGAAAACCUCGUCCCUCCGGCGAAUAAAGUCCGUGGCCGAAGAAAGAGAGGUGGGCUCUGCGGAAUUCGUCGGAGGAGGCGAGGAGAAGGCCCACGGAGAGGCGAAAUCGGAGCCGGCCAAGAACCCCAUCGUGUCUAUUUUGUCCGACAGAGAUAGGUUUCUUAAUGCGGCUAUUGUUCUUGGCGCUGGUACUCUGGCCAUCACUAAGCUGCUUACAAUUGAUCAUGAUUAUUGGAAAGGAUGGACCCUUUAUGAAGUCUUGAGGUAUGCACCAGAGCAUAACUGGAUUGCUUAUGAAGAGGCUUUAAAAGCAAACCCUGUGUUAGCUAAAAUGGUUAUUAGUGGCAUUGUUUAUUCUCUGGGAGACUGGAUUGCUCAAUGUUAUGAAGGGAAACCUCUUCUUGAUUUUGACCGGACACGCAUGUUCAGGUCUGGCCUUGUCGGAUUCUUACUUCACGGAUCUCUAUCCCACUACUAUUACCAAUUCUGUGAGGCUCUCUUCCCAUUCAACACUUGGUGGGUGGUCCCCGCCAAAGUUGCUUUCGACCAAACCAUCUGGGCCUCGCUCUGGAACAGCAUCUACUAUCUGGUUCUGGGCUUCUUGCGCUUUGAAUCCCCUGGCACUAUCUUCAGCGAGCUCCAAUCCACAUACUGGCCCAUGCUCACGGCAGGAUGGAAGCUUUGGCCAUUUGCUCAUCUGAUCACUUAUGGUGUGAUCCCGGUCGAGCAAAGGCUCCUAUGGGUAGACUGUGUGGAACUGGUAUGGGUCACUAUACUCUCGACUUAUUCCAAUGAGAAAUCCGAGGCUCGUGUUUCUGAAGAUUCAUAAGAGGCCAAUAGUACUUACUACAUACAUACCAAACUGAUACCUAGCUAUAAACCAUAGCUUAGUAUAAUCUUUGUUGUUGUAUCCUUGUGUAGCUUUCUUCUAUUUCUCUCUUAGCUGAGGCUUGUUUUCUUGUUUAGUUUCUUGAAAGGUUCAUUGAUGUACUUGUAAUACUUAAAGAUUUAUUUGGAAUAAUACUAAAAUAAUAAAAUUCGUUAAAAAGCUGUCCAUUUUUUUUGUUGUCUAUUUUUUAGUGCUAUGUAUUUGGUAAAUAAAUUAUGAUAGAUUAU